GAGAGAGAGAGAGAGAGAAGAGAGGGAGUAUGGUGGAGAAUGAGAAGAAGAAGGGAAACUAGAAGGAAACCGUUCGUCCGCUCUCGUGUGAGAAGCCAAAUGUUUCAUUAAAGUCGUAUUAAAAUUGUAUCGACGUAACGGAUUCAAUUUCAUAUAAGUAUUCACGCUAAUCAAGUAGUGAGAACCAGUCAGUCACCUUUCAUCUCAUUCUUUAUGUAAUCGUACGAACGCGGAAGACGAAUCGUAUUUGUUAUCGAUAGAUUAGAAGGAACAAUGUACGCGAGUCAUUUGUCUACGAUGCAUGAACAUCUCGCCUAUCUUAUCCAUUCGAUUCGAUAUCGAUCCGUAAAUCUAUUAGAUCGAGCAAGAAUGCUGCGCAGUGAUGGUUAAGUGUUCCUGUGUAACGAUGUCCGGCAGUCGAUUGCUUUUUAAAUAAAUACCUGUGUACAGAUCCAAUCAUCUGAACAGAUUCUUCGACGAUUCGUCCCGUUUUCAUCAUUAUCUUUUUCUACUUUUCUUCUUCUUUUUUUCCUUUCUUCUUCUUCUUUCUUUUCUUUUUGUUCCUUUUUUUCUUUUUCUUUUUACCAUUUCAUCAACGACUUUAACUUUUUACCAUUUCAUCAACAACUUUAACGAUCGUUGUUGAAAGACGCCGACGAAAUCUAACAACGAAAUUAAUCGAUAUCGAUAUUGCUUGCAGUUGAUCAUCGCUAGACAAAUUGUAAAAUUCGACGACUCUUUUCACCGGACGCGAGGAGUCUCUAAAGGAAGUUUGCUUUAGCAGGGGAGAACGUGCGACCGAUCGUCGAAGUAGACGUCGCGCUAACGAAAAUGGAAACAGAAACGGAAAUCUGUGAAAUACGACAUGUGUUCUUUUUUCAUAUGCCUUUAUUCCACGAGCGCAAGCAAAAUCAGGGAAGGAAUCGGCGAACGCAUGGAGUUACUCGAUGCGGCCGACGCUUACUUUAUAAGCACGCGGAUUAAUUUUGAAAACGAAAGUACCAAAACGUGUACGGACAACUGUGUCGUGAUCAAAGGUACCUGCGAGAAUGAGGACGAAGACGACGACGAGACUGAGAGCAUCGAGUGUCAGGCAGGCGGCUUCAAUGAAGAUAGGCAACAGUACAAGUAUUCUUGCACGAGGUGCUUGAAAAGUUACAAAAGGAAAGGUCAUCUGGUGGAGCAUCAAAAAAUAUUUUGCGGCAAGGACAAGCAGCAGUGUUGCCCGUACUGCGUCUUUCGCACGUACAAGAAAUCAAAUUUGAAGAAGCACGUUAAUCGUAUGCAUUGCAACGACGUUGAUACGGUUGUUUGAAUAAUGAAAGCUUGCACGACGGUUAUAAUUAUUUUCGAUUUUGUAAUGUGUUACAUAGACGGUAUAAUAAGAGAAUCGAGAAAGAACGAGAUGUUUGCCAUGUCGCGAAAUGUUGUAAAUGUUACAGAUUUGAACGUUUAGAGGGAAGAAGAAGGAAAUAAGAGAGAGAGA